AUAGAGGGCGUAUCGCGUUCGAGGAUCACGUAAAACCGGGCCGUGGUAACCUCUCAGGCUUCUCUCUACUCAUGCAUUUAGUAGACCAUGUGGUUACUGAGGGUUAUUUACAUAUAUUUCUAAAAUACUCGAUAUAAUUUCUAAUCAAGCAUAAUGCCGAAAGUUCGCACGCAAGUUUCUUCUCGUGUCCACACGGAAGUAGCGAGACAAGGGAUUUUAUUUAAUAAGGAUAAGGGUCAGCAUAUACUGAAAAAUCCUUUAAUUAUUCAAAGUAUGGUUGAAAAAGCUGCGCUCAGGCCAACUGAUGUCGUAUUGGAGAUCGGUCCUGGUACGGGUAACAUGACUGUGAAAAUGCUUGAGAAGGCAAAGAAAGUAAUAGCAUGCGAAAUCGAUCCAAGAAUGGUAGCAGAAUUACAAAAGCGUGUUCAAGGGACCGCGCAUCAAUCAAAAUUACAAAUAGUGCUUGGAGACGUGCUAAAAUCGGAGCUACCCUUUUUUGAUUUGUGCGUCGCUAACAUCCCGUAUCAGAUAUCGUCACCAUUAGUAUUUAAGUUACUUUCGCACAGACCAAUUUUCAGAUGCGCUGUCCUCAUGUUCCAAAGAGAAUUUGCAGAACGUUUAGUGGCUAAACCUGGUGACAAAUUGUAUUGUCGCUUAAGCAUUAACACACAGUUGUUGGCACGGGUAGACAUGUUGAUGAAGGUUGGAAAGAAUAACUUUAGACCUCCACCUAAGGUAGAAUCGAACGUAGUGAGACUCGAGCCGAGAAAUCCACCUCCUUCGGUCAAUUAUCAGGAAUGGGAUAGUUUGACACGUAUCGCUUUCAUAAGAAAAAAUAAAACGCUAUCCGCAGCUUUCAAGCAAACCACAGUUGUCACUAUGUUAGAAAAAAAUUAUAAAGUUCACUGCAGUUUGAACAACAAGAUUGUACCAGAUAAUUUUGAUAUCAAGGAAUUGAUAAAUCAUGUGCUAGAAAAAGCAGAUUCUAAGAAUAAACGAGCUAGGACUAUGGAUAUAAGUGAUUUUAUCAGCCUUUUAUAUGAAUUCAAUGCGCAAGGUGUGCAUUUUACAUAGUAAAAUAAAGUGGGUAAGUCUUCGAGUGUGGACCUGUUAUAGCUCAGUUGGAGCAUUUGCAAACGGAACGGUCUCAGGUUCGAAUCUUGGUCUAGUUCCAGUCCAUUAUUUUGCUCGCCAAAAAUUAAAAAGUGGCGCGUCUUAGUGCCUACCUUCCCGAAGAUACACCCCUAUUUAUUACUCUGGAUCAGCAUUGACAUAUUAUUUAUAUAAACUGAGAUUUUAUAAAUAAUAUCUAAGUAACUAUGUCUUUGUUAAUAAACAAAUUGGUUAUUUUUUAAGAAGUAUUUACUUUAAAAUUAUAAUUGUUCUCAUUGCUAUGUAAGGCAGUUCUUAUAUACUAUAGAGAGAAUAAAAUGAAACAAAAAUCAUGUUCAUGCUUUGAUGCCUGUACUAAAACUUGAUCAUGUCGGUUUUAUUCUCCGAAUUAUAACAUCAAAAAAUGCUAAAAGUAUCGACAGCUACAAAAUACGUACUGCAGCAUUUAAAACCAUGGUACACAUUAGCAAACGUAUACUUCGAGCAUUUUGUUUAUUAUAACUUGGAAAAAUAUUAAAUCUGAAGGACUUAUAUUCAUACAUGUUUUUUUCGCUUUCAAUUCAUGCUAUGAAAUAUUAAUACAUAUAUAAUUGAGAAUCAUCCUGUGUAUGAUAGAUAAAAUAUAUAUAAAUUACUUAGGUAUAAUUUUAUAUUCUUUUUAUGAUUUCACAGGCAUAAUAUAAUACUUUUACUGAUCUAUCUUUUCAUGUGUUGACAUACUUGUUAUCUAUAAUUUAUAUAUUAUAAACGAUCUUAAUAUACGUAAUUUUCGUAUAAUACAAAUUUGCAAUAAUCUUUACGUACAUCGAUCUUUUUAUUUUAUUGUAGUCUCGCAUCUUUCAUUCUUUCACAUAUCAGAGUUAUAUCGAAUAUUAUAAAAUACGAGAUUUAAAAAAAAAUUAAACUCACAUAUUAGCUUAUUCAUAAAAAAAGUAAUAUUUCGAUAAUGACAUUUUAUCAUACGAUAUAAUGAUUAUUGCAUAACUAUCCAAGAUAUUCGCAUGUUUGCUUCAGUUUUUUAUAUAUAGAUAAAAAGAAAAUAUUUUCUUGGAAAUGGAAAGUAAUCUAAUAAAAUUUUCGACGAAAAGAAAUAAAAGUUAUUCUAUUUAAUUACUGUAUGAAAAGUCAUCAUAUAUAGCAAAAAUAUAACGUACAAUAUCUCUAAUUUUAUUAAUAUGUGAACAUUAUCUCUAUGUCUUAUACGCAUGUAUAGAUAUACGUAUGUACGAGGACUAUUUGAAAAGUUAAACGGAAAGUUCCAAUCAAAAAGUAUAUUGUUUUAAGAUCAUGCAUAUAUGUUCGUUCAAAGAUAUCUAAAAAAAUGAAUUAUUUAAUGGUACCCUAGUAGCACAGUGCAUUGAACAAACAUUGGCCCAAUAUUUGGAAAGGGUUGAAACCUUCCAUUUAACAUAUUGUGUCUGUUGUGCAAGUACCUUUUAUACCUCAAUUUGAGAACUUUUCAAGUGGCCCUCGUGCGUGUGUGCGUAUGCAAAUCUUAAUUAAACUGAUAAUUUACGAAAUACACAUAUUUACAAUCUUUGGGUCUCCGUACGGAUCAUUAUAUGGAUCAUAUUUCAAUAAUUCAAUAUCAGUAUCAUCAAUGCUAUCAUGCACACGAGUACAUACGUAUAUAUACACAUACACACAUACCCAUACACAUAUAUGUGUAUACAUCGCUGUGCAUAUUAUAUUCCCGUGAAAAGGUAGCGUGAUAAUACGUCUUUCGCACUGCAAUUUAUAUAGUAACAAUUUUUGCAUCUCUUAGCAGCCG